AUGAACUCCAUGGGAGGAAGCAUGGAGGAAGAUCGCCAGGGGCAGUCUUUUGGUGAAUCCUCCGUAUCAGAGCCCGCUGCCGUGUCUCUGAUUCCAGCUUCCAAUCAAGAAUCUCACAGCUUCAAACGAUGGAUAAGGAGCAUGCGGAAAAGGAGGACUCCAAACUACGAUGCUCCUCCACGCUAUGUUGUGGGGUGGCCGGACGAUGAGAGCAAAGACGAGAGUUAUAGGAUGUUCCCAACGCUUUACCAAAGCCAGCCAGAUCGUUCGUCCACUGCAUCCUCGUCAAAUCUCCACACCGUCAAAACCGCCAGUGUGGGAAGCCUAAGCAUGCUGACCCGGCCGCGGACGAAUACCCAAACAAGCACCCAGCGAAGCGCGUGCCACAGCAGUGCUUUUUCUGGGUCGGAUGCAAGGGUGUCCAUGGAGAGCGGCAGGCUGACAUCCACGCUGUCCCUAGAUGAAGGUGCAUGGAACCGUGCUGUCCAAAGACGGCAGGUAAUACGAGAGAUAUUGGAGACAGAGAUCACCUAUCUUGCGGGGCUAAAGGCGCUGGUAGAAGUUCUGACCACCCUAGGAAUCACCGAAACAGCACUGCAGCGGAGCACGCUCGAUCUGAUCAGCUUACACGAGGAUCUUAUGGCUAAGUUGGAGGGCACGAUGCCUAGGUCAGACAGGGUCAUAACCCCGAUAUGGAUGACUGCGCGACGGCAUAUUAAGUUUGGCAACAUGGAUGCUGGCCUGACGAGAGCAAAUCGAAAGUCAGUGACGACGAGAAAGCUUCGUGAACCUAUCGAUUCCCGGAUUAAAUCCUCCAAAUCUGUGGCAGCAGAACCAAAUGAGGCUGCUGCGGUCGCUAAGAUAAUGCAAUCAAUGCUUCCGAAAUUUAAAGUUUACGAGGACUACGGCGUCAAAUACCAACUCGUAACCAAGGAGAUAGACUUGUUGCGCAAAUCAAUAACGAGUUGGCAAGAUUUCGAUCAUGGGAUUGAGGCUCUUUUGAAAAAUGUGGCUUCCACUAAUACCCGUGAAGCCAUAUCUAACCAAUGUUUCACACUUGGUGAUCUUCUGAUGAAACCGAUCCAACGGGUUUGCAAAUAUCAGCUAUUCCUUGCUGAGCUCCUCAAAAACACGCCUGUUGCCGAUUGCCCUUCCUCACACUCUAUAAUUGAAGUAGCCUUACAACAGACGCUGUCAGUAUCACGGGACAUAAAUCGUGCUACUGGGGAUCCGGUAGCUAAGGACCGGAUUCGGAAAACCAUGCUCCUAGGCGAGAAGCUCGAAUUUGCGAGGAAGGGUGAUCGUAGUGUUCUCCACGAUUUUGGACCUAUUAAAGUGUGUGGAGCUCUUCAUGUUACAUAUCAAGCCAAAGACAGCGUAACCGGCGAAUACAUGCUGUGUUGCCUAUUUAGCAAGUAUUUGCUGCUCGCAGCCCCAUGCGAAGACAAUCGAAAAUUCAAUGCCGUUGCAGUAAUUCUCGUUCAGGGAGCUAGUGUAGAGCCUGCGGAUAAUUGCAUAGGUCUCCACUGUUUAUAUGCCCCUUUCUCCUGGAAAUUGGUCUUCGAGAUCCGGAAGCAAACUUUUGAAAUACUAUUGACCGGAUGUUCUGAAAGAGAAGCCUCUAGCUGGAAAGAUCACCUUCUGAGACAGUCACUAGCGGAGAUUCCCAAUUCUUUGGAUGAAAAUAUUAUUACGCAGAAAUACUCCACAACCCAACUGGCUAUGAAGCCAAUUGGCGCAAUUGUUUUUGCUGGACAAGUCCAUGACCUUACCCGUCGCUCAUCAAUCCACGGAUCUCUGUUUACUACGCCUUCGCACACAGAUUGUGUCCGUCUUCUCAUUAAAGGAACCCAAGCUGUACCCCAUGAGAACUAUAUAAGGCCAUCCACUCUGGGAAGAUCCCAAUCCCUACAAUUAGCCCGUCAGUCCAUUGUUCUUUGCCCCAAGAGGCAGGACAGGAUUCGCAUGGAAAAAGCGCUCUAUGAUGUUUGGACGUGUGAUGUUCUUCCAUACCCUGGUAUGCCAGCUUGGAGGGGAGAGCACCUGAUACGCUCAUCGGCAGAAUCAUUUAUUAGACGGCUGAGUUCGCGACGGCCAUUCACCAGGCGAUCCAGCAGCCUCACGACGACAAUCACAGCUAAGUCUAUUGAGCGUACCGCCACGUAUAAGGAAGAGAACUCCAUCGACGACUACAUAGGACCUAUUGAAACCUUUUCAUCCUGGACGAAUUCUAUCAAGACCCAGGAGAUUGUUCAUGAGGAAGCAAAGGAUGAUUUCGACCGCCGUUUGUUUGGGGGUGUCGAUCCACACCAACGGAAAGGAUCAUCAAGGGGGCGGGGAGAAAAGAAAGAGGCGAGUAGUCCCUCCGGGAAUGAACGUAACAAGCCAUCACUCAGGAAGAGAUGGAGCGUUUCAAUUUUCAAGGGAAACACCCCAGUUCUACCUAGCAUUGCCUGUUGA